GUACAUAUAUAGUUUAUUUUAAUUAUUGGCGAACUACUAUUUUGUCACAUAUAUUUUCAGUUAUUGACCUUUACUUUAGCCCGGUUGCUUUCAACACAUUAUAAAAAGAUCUCAAUCUGCACCAUUCAUCUGUACUUCAGUUGUCACUCAUAAAAAAAAAAUAAAAAUUAUGGGUUCCAAAACAGAAGUGAAGCUUCCCGUCAUAGAUUUUUCCGAGGAGGCAGUAAAUCCAGGCACAAAUUCUUGGUUCUCAGCUUGCAAGGAAAUCAAAGAUGCUUUUGAAGAUCACACUAGUUUCAUCAUUCACUAUCCAACCAUCAAAAAAGAGGUAAAUGAUGCCAUAUUUCUUGCUUCUGAGGAGUUAUUUGAUCUCCCAAUUGAGAGGAAAUUGAAAAAUAAAUCCAACCCAGAUAAGUUAUUUGGGUACAUAGGCCAAAUACCUCAGAAUCCAACUUUUGAAGGCAUGGUCAUUGAAGAUGCAACAAGUCAAGAAAGUUUAGACAAGUUCACAAAUCUCAUGUGGCCGUCUGGAAAUGAUCGUUUCUGUGAGAUUGUUGAAUCAUACACCAAGGAAGUAUCAAAACUAGAAAAAAUGGUGAUGAGGAUGAUUUUUGAAAGCUUUGGUGUGAAGGAAUUUCAUGUACAAUACUACGAAUCGUGUUCUAAUUUCCUUGCAUUGAAUAAACAUAGACCCCCACAGUUGAAUGAGGAGCUUGGAGGUGUUCAAGAACACACUGAUCCAACUUUCAUAACACUUAUUCAGCAGAAUCAAAUCUCAGGUUUAGAGGUUAAAUCAAAGGAUGGGAGCUGGAUUUCUGUUGAUUUACCUCCAUCUUCUUUCCUUGUCAUGGCUGGUGAUGCAUUACUGGUAUAUGCUUUUUGUGGGUUAUUUUUUGCUCAAGUGUUUUUUGGUUUGUUAAAUUUUGGUACUAAAUAAAUAUUAUGUUCAAAUCUAACAUGUGGGGAAAAAAAAAUAUUAGGCAUUAUCAUUACUGUGCAAAAUUUUUACUCUACUCGUCCCACAAGGAUGAGGGCUAAGAUCAACCUAAAAAAAGAUUAUUGAGAGAAAAUUUAUUAACUUAUACCCCAGUCUUUAACAAAUUUUUCAUUUUCACAGUGUCUAAAAAUAACUGUCUACUUUUGUAAAUACAUAGCUUCUGAAAAUUUGUGAUAAGCAAAGAUUAUUGAGAGAAACUUAUUUAUUAAACAUAUAGUUACAUUUUCGUAAUGAUGCUACAAAAUGCAUUAUUAGUAAUUGUCUUUGAAAAUACUAUUUCCGUCCCAAAAAAAUAGUCCACAUUGAGUUUUUAAAUUUGUACUAAAAACAGUACAAAACUCAAAACUCAAUGUGGAUUAUUUUUGUGGAAUGGAGAGAGUAAAAUUUUUCCACAAAUAAGACCCUUUUUAUAGGGAUUAACUAUUUUGCAAGACAUUAUAAUAUUAAUUAUCUCUAUCUUAUAUUAUGAUAUGCAUGCUAUUAAUCCAAAUCUUCUGCUUGACUUUAAGCAGGCAUGGAGCAAUGGCAGAGUCCAUUCUACUGUGCAUAGGGUCAGAAGGAAUUCUAGAGAAACUAUAAGAUUGUCAAUUGCUCUAGCUUCAUAUUACAAUGGGAUGAUUCGAAUACCUGAAGAACUUGUUGACGAAGAGCAUCCUUUGAAGUUUAAACCAUUCAACCACUUGGAAUUCAUUCAUUUCACUUUCACGGGCUCUUCUUACAAGGAUAAAAGAAAAAUGAUUGCCUAUUGUGGAAUUUAAGAUUCCAUUGAUAUUUUGUUCUAAGAAAAAUGUCAUGUUUCAAAACUUCUCUUAUUUUUAAAAAUUCUGUUGUUCCUUUCCUUUCCAAUUUUUACUUUGAUACAAUAUAUGUCGUCUUAUAUUAGUAGUCUACCCUGUUGAACUAAAUGUACUAAUGUGAACUAAACCUAUAUAUGAAAUAGCCAAUUGCAUUUAGAAUUUUAUUUGUCUCUCUUGCCACAAAGUACAAUCAAACACUCCAAAAACCCCAAAGUAGGC